CCCUGCUGUAGAACCUCACUUUAACCUUCACAUUGAGCUCUACUGUCAGACAGAACAGCACAUUGCAUAACCUUGACCCAUCUUCUGUAGCUACAUUUACACUGUGUAUACACUAAAACAAACACACUGUUUAAUUGCAUUGCUUCAGGGGUUGUAAUAUAUAACACUGCCGUCAAGAUCAAUCUGGGAUGAGAAAAUGAGGUCUGUGUCACUGCAGCUGUUGGAAGAUAUCUGCAGAACUCUAACUGCUAAAAAUAAUCAGCCUGAAUUUCCACUGACCCCCUGUGAUUCGCUUAUUCUCUUUGGUAAUGCAGCUCAGGGGCCACCAUGUGGUUAUAUGUAGUAGCGCAGUCCUUGAUGAACUGACAGCACGGUAGGCCUACCCAAUUUUUUCUGCUAUCCAUUUGCAUCAGGAAAGAACAUGAAGGAAAACAUCACCAGAAAUCAUCAACUGCCAAAAGAGAGGAGCUCAAUAAAUACUGGUAGUGUGUUACUUUACUUACAUGUAUUAACAUAUCAUACAUACUCAUUUACAAUGAUUCCAUCCAUCAAUCCAUUAUCUAUACCCACUUAUUCUUGGUCUGGGUCGUGGGAGGUGCCGGAGUCUAUCCCAGCAUGCAUUGGACGAGAGGCAGAAAUACACACGGGACAGUUCACCAGUCCAUUGCAGGGCACACACACCAUUCACUCACACACAGUUUUAUUGAGAUUGUGAUGUUUCCUUGUGAAUGCUUUUAUAAAUAUUAUUUUUAGGACAAUGGUCACAUUAUAAUGGAUGGAUCUGCAUUUAAAUGUUUAGAAAACCACUUUUGGGGAAAGCAGAGGGAAAAAAAUGCAAGACCCUGUAUAAAAUUUUUUAAACUUGUGCAUGAAACUUUCUAUAUUGAUUUCUCAUGAUUCUUUGACAGCAAAAAGAGACUGAGGAAAGCAAAUGAUGUCCAAAAUUCAACCCGUAAUUUAAUUUAUAUAACUGUAUAUUAUGGCUUGCUAUACUAACAGAAUUGUGAUCAUAGAUUAAGCUUGAUCUGUUUGUUCAGCAUAAGUACUGCGGAAUUGAUUGUAUCUGUGACUGAGUGUGCGUGUGUGUGUGUGUUCAUGUGUGCGUCUUUGCGUGUGCGUCUUCCGUUUGUCAGUGUGGUUUCUCGUUAAAAUGCUAGCACAGUGGAAACUCCCACCUUGCAAAAUAGAAAGAUUUGAAAAAAACAGUAACACGUUAAGCAUCCACUUCCUUUGAGAGAAAAAAAAGAGUUCAGCGACUAAAUAGUGAGAAGAGAGUGAGAGAAAGAGCCGGAUUAAUACCAGAGACAAGACUAAUUUUCUCACUGGGCACCAGAAAGUGGAGGCAAAGAAAUUAAGAAGAAAGAGAGGAUCUCACCAUGAGAAAAGACUUAAUCUUCUCCCUGCUUGUUCUCACUUUCCUGAAGACAGGUAAAUCCAAAAGCAGGAUCUCCAUAUUUCAGAGGCUAGAAGAUGGGGAGCUGACUGUGACUUGUAACCUUUUGAGUGAGGACAAAGUUACCCAAAUCAACUGGGAGAUGGUUAUGGGGCAAAAUCGCAGCAAACUGGGGAUCCUCCACCCCCAGUUUGGCACACACGUCUACUCAGACCACAAAAGGAAUGUGAAAAUAGAGAGCAGUUCCUCCCAUCAUACUACCUCCCUCAAACUGAUCGAAGCAGACAUGGGAAAUAGUACCAAGCACUGCUGCUUGUUCAUUACCUUUCCCUCUGGGAACCUGGAGGCCUGUGCAGACUUCACCAGCACAAAAACUGCAGAGGCCCCAGAAUUGGAAGCACACAUACAGACAGUCACGGGGGGCUGGUGGAAGUGGGUGGCAGCUGUCACUGUUGUCACGGUCCUCACAUUGAUUGUCGCAUACUACCUACGCAGGAGGUAUUACAAUAGCAGGAGGGAAGUAUUUCAGGUUGAACAAGCAUUUCUCACAGACCCACAAACAGACUCACAGGAGUCAAGAAGAGAGCAGCCCCAGUCAAGUCCCCAGAAAGAAUCCUCUGAGGCAUUUGACCCGUCUAAGCUCUAUGCCAAGAUAAAAAUCGACUAUUACUAUGGCAGACUGUGGAAGGCCUACGAAAGUAAUACCCGUGGCUGGACCAAGGGGCCCCAGCCAAAGAUUUAUCACCUGCUGGGGGAAAAGCCGCCACAACAGAAAGACAAUGAGGAGCCCCAACAGGGCUGAGACACAUUUUCUAGCUGCAUUAAGCACAGUGUGUCAAAUUUGGCAUACAUACCCACAAUAUUCAAUAUUUCAAUAUGAUUCUGUAUACACAGUAUGUUGCUUCAAUAUUAUGGAAGUGCUAUAAAGUAAAUGUAACUAUGUUUACCAAA